CGUAUCUUGUUGCGUGCCUCUAACCAGUCUGCCUCCUACGUCUGCUUUCUCCGCUUCGCCCCUCCCCACGCCUUCACUGUCCUCCGGUCUCGCUCCGCUUCAUCGCCCUUUACCGCCGUUACACACUCUUCCCUUUAACGGUGCGCCACUAGAACUAUAGGCCUAGCUAUUUCUAUACAUCUAUUUAAACAUGGACUAGGAUAAGCGGGCGGAGCUUGCACAUAAGGAGCUGUCCGUCGGAUAGUUUAGCAAGUUUCGUGAGCAAAAGUCCCAUAUAGCCGACUAGGUGUCUUCUUAUCAAGAUGGCCAAUCGAGCAGAAUUAUCAACGACCACUGUGGCUCCUUUAAUUGGAGCUACCUUAGUUCGGUUUCCCGUUCCUGGAAGAGUUAUAGACUGUGAUGAGAAGCUACGUCAAGAGGUCGCCGUAAUGCGCUUGGUCAGGGAAAAAACUAAAAUUCCGGUGCCCACAGUUCAUGCCUGGGGUCUGUUAAACGAUUUAGGAUUAGGGCCUUUUAUUAUAAUGGAUUACAUCCGUGAUGGAGAGUCACUUGGUAAUCUUUGGCAGAAAGCGCCUGAGAAACGAACACUACGAACCAACAUCAGUAAACGCGACCUGCGUAUUUACAAUCAGACCGGCUUUAGACUUAUAUGCGAUAAUUUCCGCUACGGGAAUAUGAUUGUUAACAACGCGAGCGAUCUUAAGAUAAUUGCGCUUCUAAUUACGAAACCAAUCCUCUGGGAAGCGCCUGAUAGCUUACAAUUUCAGCGAUACAUGGCUUGCCUAAAGCUUUUUCUCAGCGAGCUGGAACUCGAGGAGAGCAGAAGAACUAAGGGCCAUAAUAGGCUUUCCAACCUCAUGCGGAAGUCUCUGAGCGACGGCAGGUUCUGGUUUCACGAACUAGUAUAUAGCGGUUUCACGGCUGCUGACAACCCAGCAUGGAAAGCUAUUUGCGAGAUGCUCCCGGAUAUCAGUGACCUGGCGUCUUCCCCCCGGCCCGAGCUUGUUUUGGAGAGAGAUGUAGAAGCUGCUCGAACCAGACACUGUCUGUGUAAAGCAGGUCCUGGAAAGUGUAGAUCUUAA